UGGGUAUCUGCAAUGCCCUUGCAACUUUUCAGCGGGCCAUGAACAUGGCUUUUCAGAAUUUCGUAUGGAAGACUCGUUUGGCACAGAGCAUCAUCAACUACUGCGUGAUUGUGUACAUGGAUGACGUCCUAGUGUAUUCGAGUUCCUACGAGGGACACGUGCAGCACAUCGAAUGGGCACUGCAUGCGUUACGAGAUGCAGAUUUCAAGGUGGCGCUUGAGAAGUGUCAGUUUUUCCUCACCACCAUUUCUUUCCUGGGGCACGUGGUGACGGAUAAGGGACUCCAACCGGAGCCGCAGAAGGUGGCAGCUGUCAGGGACGCGUCAGUGCCUACCACUAUCAUGGAAGUUCGCGCCUUUCUGGGCCUAGCCUCGUAUUACCGAAGAUUUAUCGAGGGCUUCGCGGCGAUUGCGGGACCCCUCACAAAUCUCCUGCGCAAGGAUCAGCCGUUGAUCUGGACGCCGGAGUGCGAUCAAGCGUUUUCCAAACUCAAGGCUGCUCCCAUUUUGGCUCCGAUCCUUAUAAGACCGGAUCCCGAAAAGCUUUUUGUUCUCAUCACUGACUGGCAGCCAGAGGCGAUUUCGGCGAUCCUUGCCCAGGUGGGACCAAGCGGACUCGAGAUUGUGGUGGAGUAUGCGUCCAAAUCAGUACCCGCCUGCAAGCGCAACUACGUUUCUCCGACGGGAGAAUGCUAUGCGGCUCUCUGGGGAAUCAGUCACUUUCGUGCUUACCUAUAUGGGCGAAAGUUCACCCUGGUGACUGAUCAUGAGCCUCUAUUGGCUCUGAAGAAGUCGAAGGAUUACUCGGGCAUGAUUGGGCGAUGGGCAACGGUGCUGCAGAGCAUGGACUUUGACAUCCGUCAUCAGAAGCAUGAGAGACAUGGGAAUGCGGAUGGAUUGACACGACUGCACCGACCUGAGAAAGUUCCGAGGAAUGAGGAGACUUUUGAGGAGUUGUCCUUCUGCCUGACCCGAGCACAAGUGAAGUGGACGGGCACUAUUGAGCACCCCACGUGGAUCGAGAAUCUGGAGCUGCUGAUCAUACAGGGUUGGAGGACUAAUACAGAAGGAAAUCUUAUUGAAUUCCUCUUUGGAUCGGUACGACCGGGUCGCCGUCAGUUGAUUGCACAGGAGCACAUCGCACCGAUCGUGCAAUUGGCGGACAAUCUCUCGCCCGACAUCUACUUUCAGAGCGACAACAGUCCUGCUCCGUACAUUUUCGAGCGAUCCUUGGAUCCGUACCUUCAGUGGACUUCGUGCUUGGAGGAACCUAGGGACGAGGAUACGCUACCAUCGCGGCAGGAGUAUCUGAAGCUGUACGAGAUCAUCCCUUACGCCUUCUACCCGAGGGCAGAAGAAGUGGUGAUAGACGACGACGAAGAAGAAGAAGACGACGACGAGGAGACAUCGGAGGAGGGAAGCUAUAGUGAACAUAGCGAGGGCGAGUUGAGUGAAGAGGAAGAAGAAGGAACCGGGUCCGAGUGGGAAGCCCCGCCGGAGGAAGCGACGCGUACAGGGACGGAGGCGGAAGACCCGGAAGCGGCGCGAAAGCGCGAAGAGAUUGCCUCCGGAAAGCGCCAACUGGAGUUCGCUAGCGAGGCUAACCUGCGCAUCGGUAGCGAUCCGACCACGGAUCCAGAGCCGCAGAGGCCCGAAGAUGGCGACCCUACAGCCGCCACCUCAAGUACCGCGCGACGAAGACGGCGCCGAUCCCCCUCCUCCUCCAGCCCCACUCGUCCCCCAGUUCGCCCACGUACCAAUGCGGGCGAUAGUCUUUCGUCCUCGGACGCUGCCCUGCCGACCCCUUGAUUUCCUCACCCUCGAGCAGAUCCGUACCCCAGUCACCUUCCCUUCCCAUCCUUUCCAUCCCCAUCUC